AUGCCGUCAUCGAAUCGCAUUCAGAUCGCCAUCGACCGAGGUGGUACGUUUACCGACUGCCUCGGUCGCAUCCCUCCGAAAACGCCGGGCGACCAACCUACUGACAUUGUCAUCAAGCUUCUCUCGCACGACCCUGCCAACUACAAAGAUGCUCCGACCGAAGGCGUUCGUCGCAUCCUCGAACAGGCAUACAACAUGCAGCUGCCACGAGGUCACAAGAUUGACACGUCCAACAUCGAAUACAUCCGUCUCUCGACUACGGUGGCCACCAACGCGCUGUUGGAGCGCAAAGGCGAGAGACACGCGCUCGUCAUCACCAAAGGGUUCAAGGAUCUGAUCCAGAUCGGGAAUCAGAGUAGACCCAGCAUCUUUGAUUUGGCCAUUAAGAAGCCCGAAGUGCUUUAUUCAGGCGUGUUGGAGGUGGAUGAGCGUGUCACUUUGGUGGGGUAUACUUCGGAUCCAAGCGCCCGCGAGAAUGCGGUACAAUUCGAUCUCGAGUCGAGCCCAAAUGAUGUCUACAUUAGCAGAAUCAAGAGCGCGUACAAGGGCACCGACCAGCCACCCAAUGCAUACGAUGCACAAGGAAAGCCCACCGGUCCACCAGAGAUUGUCCGUGGAAUAUCAGGCGAAGCAGUCGCCAUCCUGAAAAAGCCUGACGAGGAGCUGCUCAAGAGACAACUCCAUGCGCUCUACCACGAACACGGAUACAGAUCACUCGCUGUCGUACUCAUGCACAGCUACACAUAUCCUCGCCACGAGCAAAUCAUCAAAAAGAUCGCGCUUGAUGUUGGCUUUCAAACCGUCAGCUGUUCGAGCCAGUUGAUGCCCAUGAUCAAGAUGGUCCCGCGUGCCACGUCGUCCACUGCGGACGCGUACCUGACACCUGUGCUGCAAUCUUACAUCGAUGGCUUCUUUUCGGGCUUUGAAGACUCGUUGCGUUCCGGUCAGGCAGGAACAAAGGUGGAGUUUAUGAUGUCCGACGGUGGGCUUACUUCGGUCGAUCACUUUUCCGGACUGAAAUCCAUCAUCUCUGGUCCAGCCGGCGGCGUUGUGGGCAUGGCACUGACGAGCUACGAUCAACAAGACAAGAGGCCGAUCAUUGGAUUCGAUAUGGGAGGCACUUCGACCGACGUCUCGCGCUACGACGGGCAGUAUGAACAGGUGUUCGAAACCACCUUGGACGGUAUCACGAUUCAAAGCGCACAGCUGGAUGUCAACACGGUGGCGAGCGGUGGUAGCAGUCGACUCUUCUUCCGCAAUGGACUGUUCACGGUGGGACCGGAAUCGGCGUCUGCACAUCCGGGUCCAACUUGCUAUCGCAAAGGUGGACCGCUUGCCAUCACCGACGCGAAUUUGGUGACGGGUCGUUUGGCGGUCGAGAUGUUUCCCAAGAUCUUUGGACCGGACGAGAAUCAAGGUCUGGACGCAGAAGCAUCUCUGAAAGCAUUCCAGGAGCUUACCGAUGAGAUCAACGCCAAUAGUGCGGAUGGUCGAAAGCUAUCUGUGGACGAGGUGGCGCAGGGCUUUAUUCGCGUGGCAAACGAGAUCAUGUGCCGACCGAUCCGUGCGCUCACGGAAGCGCGAGGCUAUUCGGCGUCCAAGCACAUCCUUGCUAGUUUUGGAGGAGCGGGUGGACAGCACGCAUGCUCGCUCGCUCGUUCGUUGGGCAUCCGGACGGUGAUCAUCCACAAGUAUUCUUCGAUCCUGAGUGCGUAUGGGAUGGCACUUGCCGAUCGGGUGUUUGAACACCAAGAACCGUGUUCGGAAACAUGGCAAGGUGCGUCGUCUGCGGCGCAGCAGCGCAUCUCGAAACGCGUCGAGGAGCUCAAGUGCAAAGUGCGACGCGAACUGCAGGCACAAGGAUUUACACACGACCGAAUCGAACUACAGACACUGCUCAACUUGAGGUACGAGGGCACGGAUACGGCGCUCAUGACUCUGCAGCCCGCGGAUGGAGGGUGGCACUUUGAACGCGUGUUUGUCGACAAGUACAGACACGAGUUUGGACUGGUGCUCGACGACAAAAACAUCAUUGUCGACGACAUCAGAGUGCGCGGGAUCGGAAAGAGCUUCGACUCGUUAGGCCGUACAGUGCUCGACGAGUACCGCGAACUGUUUGCAAGCGAAACCACAGAGACGCAAGAGCAACAAGAGCAAGAGCAAGAGCAAGGGCAAGAGCAAGAGCGCGCAGACGAGCUCCCCAAGUUGGCAGUGCGGAAGGUGUUUUUUGACCAGCGCCGCUUGGACACUCCGGUCAUCAUGUUGGACGCCCUGCGCAAGGGAACACGUGUGCAUGGACCCGCGAUCCUCGUCGACCAAACCCAGACAAUUCUCCUGGAACCCAGGUGUACCGCCCACCUCACUUCGCAGGCAGUGCUCAUCAAUGUGUUGUACGACUCAUGA